UGGCAGCAAAAAUGCUAAACCCCAAUCUCACGCAACCCGACCCGACCUCCGCGAUUUUCAUCCAUUAGCAUCAUCUCCCCACAAAAUUUUGAAUCUCUCUCUCUCUCUCUCUCUCUCUCUCGUUUGUUCUCUCUACCGUUCGUCCGUACGUUCAUGCCACCGAUUUCCUGAAUCUCCGAUUCAUUAUUUUCCCGAACGAGAGCUUCUGAUCGGAGAGAACCUGACAAUGGCGGCGUAUAGAGCAGAUGAUGAUUACGAUUACCUCUUCAAGGUUGUUUUGAUAGGAGAUUCCGGCGUUGGAAAAUCUAAUUUACUCUCUCGAUUCACGCGCAACGAGUUCAGCCUCGAAUCCAAAUCCACCAUUGGAGUCGAAUUCGCCACCCGAAGCAUCCGUGUCGAUGAUAAGAUCGUCAAGGCCCAGAUUUGGGACACCGCUGGUCAGGAGAGAUACCGAGCGAUCACAAGCGCAUACUACAGAGGAGCAGUGGGAGCUUUGCUUGUGUAUGAUGUCACAAGGCAUGUAACGUUUGAGAACGUGGAGAGAUGGUUGAAGGAGCUUAGAGAUCACACGGACUCGAACAUCGUGAUCAUGCUCGUCGGUAACAAGGCAGAUCUCCGCCAUCUACGAGCCGUCUCCACCGAGGACGCAAAGGCAUUUGCAGAAAGAGAGAACACUUUCUUCAUGGAGACAUCAGCCCUCGAGUCAAUGAACGUGGAGAACGCUUUCACGGAGGUGCUUUCUCAAAUAUACCGUGUGGUGAGCCGGAAAGCGCUGGACAUAGGAGAUGACCCGGCUGCUCUUCCCAAGGGACAGACCAUCAAUGUCGGGUCCAAGGACGAUGUCUCUGCCAUCAAGAAGGUCGGUUGCUGCUCAAGUUGAUGUCUGAACCUUUGGAAUCUAUGUUUCUACAGCUGGGUCGUCUGUCAUUUUCUCUGGUAAUAUCUUUCUGUUUCUUGGACUCUUAGGGUUUUUCUCUUCCCCCCUAAAGAUUGAUCCAUACUCUGGAGUAGGAGGACAACUCAUCUUUUCGAUUGUUCUUCUUCUACUAAAUAGAUUCUCCCUUCUGUUGUUCUUUUUUGUUCUCCCCUGUUUUUGGUGUCAAGUUCCUCGAAAACUCUGGAUUCUAUAUAUAAAUAUAUUCAGUUCCUGCAA